GUCACUCGCAUCCCAGUUACUCCUUCAUUCACUUCCCCUCACUCACACAAGAACUCGUAGUCAUGAAGUUCCUGCUCGCCCUCCUGGUGGUGGCUUCCGUGGCAGCCGUGGCCCUGGCCGGCUACGGCUAUGGCGGAUACGGCGGCGGCUUUGGCGGUGGCUAUGGCGGCGGCUAUGGCGGCGGCUAUGGCGGCUAUGGAGGCUAUGGCGGCGGCCGUGGCGGAGGCUACGGCGUGGGUGGAAUCUCCAACAACGUCUACAACUUGUACCGCGGCUACGGCGGCUACGGAUACGGUGGCGGCUAUGGCGGUGGCUAUGGCGGCGGCUAUGGCGGCGGAUAUGGCGGCGGCUACGGGGGCGGCUAUGGUGGCGGUUACGGCGGCGGCUAUGGCGGCUAUGGAUACGGAAAGUAAGCGGGGAGGACGACGUGGGAACCUCGACUGAGGAAGAACAAGAACCGAGCCAGUGUGUUGUACAUAGACACGCACCGAAUAAACGAGAAACAAC